UUGCGCUUGCCAGUGCUUGAUGAGAAAGUGGUGCGCUCUCCGAAAGAAUAAAUCAGGGCGGCUCCUUUGCACUUUCGUUCCCCAACCCCGAAUCUGCCGAUAAACUUUGCUUUCCGCUGCCGCAAGCCCUUCCGGCCAUCAUAUACUGGUCGCACUCAUGUUUCGCUCAAGGACAAGUUCGCAAAAGCCUGGCGAUGACUUGCUGGCCAACUUCAGACAACAGUUUCCUGAAGUAGCAGCAGUCGGCACGUCCACCUCGGCGGCACCUCCAGCCAGAACCGUCACAGCAAACCACGCCGAUGGCCCGGUGUCCGGACAGGAAAGGCCUCAUGCUCUUAACCAUGAAGCGUUCCGGGACCAAGACCCUACACCAAGGGCGACAAACGAGCAAUGGAGGUUCACCCCGUCAUUGUUAGAUCCGGGUUCCUUCUCGUUUGCCCACUUCGCAAACCAGCCUCCGGGAUACUAUACUCCUACUCCCGGAGGAACAAACACGCUGUAUCAUCCUCAAGCCGGUGAUCUUCAUACCCCCACCCUGGGCCUUGGGAUGGGUAUCGGAACGCCAUUGUCGUUACCGACCUCUGAAGGCCCGCUGCACUCGGGAUCCGCAACGAUGGACAUGUCCGGGUUCCACAACGGUUUCCAUCCCCAGCAGUUCCACCACCAAUUCAACGCCUUCGUCCAGCCCCCUCCUACUCAGCCAUCGUUUGCCCCUUCCUCCUUUGUGCACCAGGACACUGGCUACGAAACAAUGGACCAGGAUGGGUCGCCAAUUGACUCGGACCACACCGAGGAACGGAUAGGGUCCAUCGACGGCAACUUUCAAGAUCAGUCUACCAUGAUGGCUUUCCAAGCAAGACAUUUUGGGAUGCCCAUGUCUGUGACCCUCCCGGCGUCGGCAGAAAAGUUCCGCUUUCAUACCACCCUCAACGCCCCAACUGCCAUGGUCAAGCACGCCGAUGAGAUCCCGGUGACGUACCUAAACAAGGGCCAGGCAUACUCACUGUCGAUUAUCGAUACCGCCCCCACGCUGCCCAUCGCCCCAGGCACGCGAUUCCGGACAUUCGUGCGCGUCUCGUUUGAGGAUGAACAGCAAAGACAGAAGCCGGGAGUAUGCUGGAGCUUGUGGAAGGAAGGUCGUGGCACCAACGAGGCUCACCAGAGAGGGGGCAAACUACAGGCUGUGGAGUAUGUUGAAGCCGGGCAACCCGCAGAGGGCGACGAUAAGCGAACGCGCAUCGAGCUGGAGUCUGCCUCGUUUGACGGUUUCUCUGUUAUCUGGACGCCGGGUAUCAAUGGCGCCGUCGAGUGCAACAUUGCUGUCCGGUUCAAUUUCCUUUCCACGGAUUUCAGCCAUUCCAAGGGUGUCAAGGGAAUCCCGGUCCGGCUGUGCGCCAAAACGCACCCGCUUCCGGCGGACUCCUCGCCGGACCCGAACUCGGACGGUGAGGCCGAGAUCUGUUACUGCAAAGUCAAGCUGUUCCGAGAUCACGGCGCCGAGCGCAAGCUUUCCAACGAUGUUGCCCAUGUUCGCAAGACCAUCGACAAGCUCAAGCAGCAAAUUGCCCAAGCAGAGAGCGGAAUGAAGGACUUUGGUAAAAGGAAGCGAGCUGGCGGAGCGCAGAUGAAGGUCCAGAACGGACAACGACCCAACAAGGUCCAAAAACACAAGCGCACAUGGUCCAUGUCCUCUGCCAGCUCGGCUGGUGGGGGUCCUCGAAUGCCGCUCGAGGAGGACUUGCACGUCAAACUCGCUACGCUUCAAGACAUGUUCACCAGCACGCGUCCGGUGAGCGUGCUCUGUUUGCGGGGCGACGAGCUGGACGACCCGGACCUCCACCCAGUCUCCCUUCCCGGCGAGCCUCUCGACCUGAUCAAAGUGGACUCGCGUGACAGCAACCCAUGGCGCAGCGAGCGGAGCUCCGUGGCCGGUUCAUCUCUGGUAUCACCGUCACCGAGCUCGCUCUCACUCCACUCGCAGGCCUCGAUUGGGGGCUCCAAGCCCAAGUGGCAGGACAACCAGGACUCUACAUUGCGGCAGGGUCUGGACCAGCCCACAAGGGUCAGGCAGGUGGACGAGGCGGGGAACCUCACGGGCUGGAUCGAGGCCCUGGGCGUCGAUUCGACGUACCGUCCGCCGCCAGAACGCACCCAAAAGCCUGUUGCGUGCUUCUUUGUCGCGCGGCAAACGUCGCCGUCCCCAUCGGACCACGAGCUCCACCGGGCCGUCUACCUGAUGCAGAGGACGCUCGGGGAGUUUGUGGCACGCGUCGCGGCCAAAUGGGGGUUCGACCCGGGCAGCGUUGUGCGGACGGUGCACGUGCUCGCGAACCGCGGGCUGGAAGUGGAGAUGGAUGACGAUGUCAUCCGGGAACUGCCCGAGGGCCUGGACAUGACACUCGAGAUUGUCGAGGUCGGCGGCGGCGGGGAGGGGAACCUGAAGCAGGAGUGGGAAAUGGCGCUCGAUGCGCCGGGCGAGACGGACGCGUCGCCGUCGCCAUUAACCGACCCCACCAACGCCGCCGGCGCCAGGCAUGGGGCCUAUGAGUUGAGGUUGAGGUAUUGAGAAACCUGUCAUUUGACGAUCAGUUAUGAUGAUGAGAUCCCCAGACCUUCCCUCUUCUUGGUUCGUUUCUUGUUCUCUCUCCGUCCCUCUCUCUACGUCUUUACCACUCUAAUUCCCCAUACCUGGGUUGCUUGGAUGGAAUGGGGAACUAGAAAAGGAGGGGCUGUAAUUUCUUGGCAUCAAAAUUGCGCA